AUGCGUUUCAUAGAUAGGUUCACCACGUUAGCUGUAAAACAAACAUACUCUUCUACUCCAUUAACAUUUAUUGAACCCAAGGCAAUACAUAACACUUCAAAUAAUAUAGAUGCUAUUAGUUUACAAAGCUUAAUAGAUAAACAUUCUCCAGAAUUAUCCAACGAUGCAAAGAGUUCAUUACAUCCUUGGCUAGUAAAUGGCCAUUUGCAAACGAUAUAUGCUUCGUAUAAUUCAUUUGUUGAUAGAGAUAUAGUUUCAUACAAAAGAUUCAUUAUAGAUUAUCCUGAUCAUGGACAGGGUGCUUUAGAUUUUGCAGUUUCUCCCUUUAAUGAUCACCAGCAGGAUACUAAUGAGGAAGUAUAUAUUCCUGAGACUCAGACAGACUUCUCGCUACCAACCGAAUUUGAUUACUCAUUUAUUCAUCCUGAUACAGUGAAGCCUUCAGAUGACAGUAAGCCAAUGCUUAUAGUUUUGCAUGGAUUGACAGGUGGUUCUGCAGAAAGUUAUGUGAGAGCUAUUAUUAAAUCAAUAACCUCAUCCCAAUUUGGGUUUGAAGCUUGUGUUUUAAAUUCAAGAGGUUGUUGUAAUUCUUCCAUUACUACACCAAAACUUUAUAAUGGUGGCUGGACUAAUGAUAUUAGAUUUGCUGUAAAGAAACUAAGAGAGUUAUACCCCAAUAGACCCUUUUAUAUGAUUGGGUUCUCCUUGGGUGCAUCAAUGCUAGCAAACUAUUUAGGUGAAGAAUCAUCAAAAUCAGAUAUCAAAUGUGCUGUAGUCAUGGGCAAUCCUUGGAAUCUAUCGAGAUCCUCAUAUUAUAUAAAUAAUACCCCAGUGGGGAAAUGGGCUUAUUCACCUGCCCUGGGGAAUAAUUUAGUCGAUUUGACAAAAAAACAUUUACCAGUAUUAAGGACGAAUAUUGAAUUUCAAGAUUCAUUUAAAGAUGAAAAAUUGAAUUCAAUCAAAACUGUUAUUGAAUUUGAUGAUACUUAUACAGGCCCUCUCUUUGGUUAUAAAGAUGCUCAAGACUAUUAUAACGAUUCUUCUUCAUACAAGAGGAUUGCUACUAUAAGAACUCCUCUAUUGGCCAUCAAUGCAAUGGAUGAUCCAAUCGUAGGUUCUGAUUCACUUCCAGAUGAUUUAAUUAAACAAAACCCAUUCGUUAUAUUAGAUAAAACUUCAAUCGGUGGUCAUAUAGCUUGGUUUAAAAAUAGUUCCGGCGAAAGAUGGUAUGCUGAGCCAAUAUGUAAGUUUUUCAAGGCAUUUAAUGAUGAGAUUACAAUGAAAGGCCUAAUUCCAAAUCCUGAAGUAAUCAAUUCAUUACCAAAAGCAAAUGUUAAACAUGUAAGAACAACCGACUUAAAUAAAAAAGAGAAUGAAUCAAUGCUCAAACCUCUUGCUAUAUAG